GGGAAGCCCUCUUUACCAAACACGAAUACUUUUGAGGUCGAAGACUUUUCUUUUCUUUCCUUGAAAUUUGAGUCAAAUAUGCGGACUGAGUAAACUCCGCGUGACCCCAUAUCUGACAUCUCUUUCAUCUUAAAAAAUGAAGAAAUCAAUGAAAUAGUACCUUCCCGUUAGCUACUUUAAAAACCCUGGUUUCUGAAACAAUUCUGAAAGCGUAAACAACAUGCAGAUCGCCUAUUCACAUUUGUUUUGUGUUGUGCUCUUAUUAUGUAUUGUUCGCAACGCAGCGCAAGUAUGCGAUAGCAAUAGCAAUACCAGCACUAAAUUCCAGAGUAAUUUGAACAUGCUUCUUAAUAAUCUUGUGAACAAUAUAGCAUCAUCAAAUGGUUUCAAUAUAUCUGCGUACGGACAAAAUCCAGACAGAGUUUAUGGUCUCGUCCAAUGUUUUGGAAGCGCAACCGUGGAGGAAUGCUUCAAAUGUUCGCAAGAAAUAGCAAACCUAACUCGCCAGAAGUGUCGAAAUGCCACAGGCGCUAAUCUUUUGCGGGACAUGUGCUUCAUACGCUACGACAACUAUUCCUUCUUUGGGAAACUAGAUAUAGAAACAACGUCAAUUUACAGUGCGGUUGAGAUCACCUAUAAGCCUGAUGUGUUUCGUACUACAGUUACAGAUCUUUUCAAAAAUCUGUCAGAUGGCGCCCUUCAAUCCCCAAUUCGAUACUCUUCUAUAUAUACGGUCACCUCCACAAAUUAUCCCUUACACGGUCUGGUUCGGUGUUUUAGGGAUUUAACUUCUGUUGAUGACUGCAAAAAGUGCUUAACAAAUGCAAUUAGUACUCUGUUAUCUCUGACCUUUGGGGGCAAUAAAACUUUAAUUGGAGGAUCGACCUGGUCCGGAAGUUGCUUUGCUCGAUACGAACCUUCCCGUUUCUUUAAUCCUGCCCCUCAGCAGCCACUGUUAUCACUUCCAACAGCGAAGAAGUCUCCAAACAAAAUAGGUAUAGUUUUGGGUGUCGCCGGCGGCUUGUUGGCGAUGUUACUGUUCUGCCUAUAUGCAGUCCGGAGAAAAUUCAAGUCUGCACGAUUAUGGAUGGCAGCCCACUUAAGGAGAGCGAAUCUUGAUAUAGAGAUAGACCAGAAGCAUGUGAUACUUUUUAAUUUGGAAAAUAUCAAAACUGCAACUAGAAGUUUCCAUGAAGAUAACAAGCUUGGAGAGGGAGGAUUUGGCUCUGUAUACAAGGGUACAAUGCCAAAUGGAGUACAAAUUGCAGUAAAGAAACUCUCCGUACAAUCAUUGCAAGGAAAAGAGCAGUUUCUAAACGAGGUUAAGCUGGUAGCUAAAAUUCAACAUCGUAACCUUGUGAAGCUACUUGGAUGCUGCGCAGAGGGAUCAGAACGGCUACUUGUUUACGAGCUCUUGGCUAAUAAGAGCCUUGACAAAAUGCUAUUUCAUCCGCAACGAAGCAAAGAGCUUGAUUGGCCUAAGCGUUUGAAUAUCAUACUUGGAGUAGCCCGUGGGCUUCUAUAUUUGCAUCAAGAUUCUCAUCUACGAAUUAUCCAUCGGGAUAUCAAAACAAGCAAUAUUUUGCUUGAUGAGAAACUGGAGCCAAAGAUAUCAGAUUUUGGUUUAGCAAGAUUAAUUCAUCAAGAUGAGAGUCAUGUUGAGACAAGGCUUGUUGGAACAUUUGGUUAUAUGGCACCAGAAUAUGUUAUGUUAGGACAACUAUCCUCUAAAGUCGAUGUGUAUAGCUUUGGGGUUGUCAUUUUGGAAAUUAUAUGUGGAAGAAAGAAUAUUGACAAAAGAUUGUCACAAGAAUUUCAAAGCUUGAUAGAAUGGGUGUGGAGAUCUUACAAGCGAGGAAAUAUUAUGGAUGUGAUUGACAAAGAAAUGAUAGAAAGCUUCUCUAGUGAACAAGUUUUAAGAUGUAUUCAUGUGGGUCUUUUGUGUACACAAGAAGAUGCAUUAGUUCGACCACCAAUGACUAGUGUGCAUGCAAUGCUUUUGAACUCUUCAGCAAUACAAAAUCCCACAAAUCCUGCUUAUAUCAAUGUUGUAGAAGAAGAUGUUUCAUUGCCUAUAUCUACAUCAACAUAUAGAACUACAAUCAUAACUUCAACUGAUUCAUCACCAACUCGCGUGAUCUACCCAUCUAUUAAUAAUGUAACAAUAACAGAUUUGGAUUCUAGAUAACAUCAUUUAUUCAACAUACUUAAGCAUAAUAAUCAGAGAUUUUUGUAGUGUUA